AAUAAUCAUCCACCGGGAAAAAACUCUUCCCAGCGAGAUUUCCCCACCCGUCUUCUUCCUCCGAAACCCUAAUCCCCAAAUCGGGGAAUCGGAUCCAGCCCGGCGCCGCGGAAAGCAUCCCCCCAUCGACCGGCAUGGCGAUUGCUCGCACUGGCGUGUACGUGGACGACUACUUGGAGUGUGAGAUCGCCGGCUCCGAUUUGUUUCCCUUUUCCUUUCCAUUCGGGGUGCUUUUGGGCCUUUUGCCCUUAUUACUGCUUCCGUAUCGUUCCGCAGAUUCGAGCACCCUGGCCGGCGACCUGCAGAGGAUCCUCUCCACCAUGCACGAGCUCGACGAGAGGGCCCAUGGCAUUUUGGGUCAGACUAAAGGGCAGAUCAAAUUUCUCCUCGGGGUGCCAUCCCAUGGGUUUGACAGGCCAAACGUGGUGCAUGAUGAAAAUGCCUCGGAGAAGAUGACGAGGGAUAUUGAAAAUAGCCAGGACAAUGCGCUUAGUCUCUGCACGGAGAAAGUGUUGCUCGCACGCCAAGCUUAUGACCUGAUAGAGAGCCAUAUCAAACGUCUUGAUGAAGACCUAGGCCAGUUUGCAGAAGAUUUAAAGCAAGAAGGAAAAAUACCUCCAGAUGAACCGCAUAUCCUUCCUCCAAUGCCGGUGGGUGGCAGGGAAGAAAGACGGAGGUCCAGUUUUAGUACACCCCAAGCAGCAAGGAAGUUUGUCAGAGAGAAGGAAUGGGAGAGGGAUAGGGAGAGAGGUAUGGACUUCGACUUAAUGCCACCUCCAGGUAGCAGCAACAAGAAAGCCGUUGCAUCUAUGGAUGUGGAUCAAAUGAUUGAUCCAAAUGAACCAACAUAUUGUAUAUGCCACCAGGUUUCAUAUGGUGAUAUGAUUGCUUGUGACAAUGAGAAUUGUGAAGGAGGCGAAUGGUUCCACUACUCGUGCGUUGGUCUGACACCAGAAACAAGAUUCAAAGGGAAAUGGUUUUGCCCAACUUGCAGGAAUCUUCAAUGAGAGGUUCUCCUAAAUUGUGGCGUUCAAGUAGCGUCCCUUGAAGUCAGCCUCUUGUUAUCGGGAUAAUUCUUGGGUCGUUUUAAGGAAGCUUCUUUCUCCCUUAAUAACUAUUAACGUUUGCUCGCCAGUGUUGACAAGGCGAGCGGUUCCAGUCGGCCCAGACUUUCCGCAACAUGCAGGACUCUUCAACAUGAGGCUCUCAGAAGCUUUUCUUGGACAGGAGGAUACCAAAUGGUACAUGUUUCAAUUUGUAAGGAGGCGUUUACUUACAAUGUGGUCUUAUUUUGGUAAUAAUAAUGUAUAUGCUGGAGAGGACGCAACUGUUCUAGAGAAGGAUAAAAACGCUUGGCGUGUUCUGUUGUUGUAUCUUGUUGCUGCAAAUAAUCUGUCAUAGUUCCGGAUAUCAGUAACCUGUAAACCAUUUACUUUGAUUAUUAAGCGUUAUCACAACCUUUGCUCGCA